AUGGGCUGCGCAUGAUAAAGGAAGUUUGCAGAAAUGGUUUGAAAAUCUGAAAUCUGAUUUAUGUCGUUGAAUUACUUGAUUUAUAUCAUUAUAACCCAUACCAUUAAGUAAUAUAGAAUAUAUUAAAGUUAUAUCCUAUGUUUUAAAACUACAUUAUAACCGAUGGCACACUAGCAGAUGGAAUAAUCUGUAGAACAAGAUGGCGAGCAGUAAAGGUCGUCAGGGGAGUGCUGAAAAAUCUGUCCCCCAUACACGAAUAGAAGAUGAAUCAAAGUUUGAAGAAUGCUACAGAUUUGGAGCAAAGUUGGGGCAGGGAACAUUUGGAAUUGUCCGGGAAGCUACCAAUAUAAAGACAGAGCAGUGCUGGGCAAUAAAAGCAGUUAACAAAGAAAAGGCGGGUAGUUCAACUGUAAAGUUACUGGAGAGGGAAGUUUCAAUACUUAAGAGAGUCCAACAUGAAAACAUUAUCCACCUGGAAGAAGUCUUUGAAACAUCUAAAAAAAUGUAUCUAGUAAUGGAGCUAUGUGAGAGGGGAGAGCUGGCUGACAUAUUAAAGGUUAAGGGUCAACUUCCGGAGGAUGAUGUAAAAACUGUUAUGAAAAAACUUGCAAGUGCAAUUUCUUAUCUCCAUAAAAAUGACAUAGUUCACCGAGAUCUGAAGCUAGAGAAUAUACUGGUUGGUAGGAAUCCUGAAGAUCCUGCAGACACAUUCCAUAUUAAGGUGACAGAUUUUGGCCUAUCUGUUGUAAAAGAUGGUCCAGGACAUGAGAAUAUGAUGCAGGCUUUUUGUGGCACCCCUAUGUAUAUGUCUCCUGAGAUUAUAGACAACAAAACCUACAGUCAACAAUGUGAUGUAUGGGCCAUGGGAGUCAUCGCUUUUAUGUUAUUGGUUGGGAGUCCCCCUUUCAAGUCAAAAGAUGAGGAUUCUCUGUAUGAACUCAUUAAGAAAGGAGAUAUGGAUUUCUCAUCACCUUUAUGGGCAUCUAUUAGUAAAGGAGCUAAAGACUGCAUCUGUGGCAUGCUGAAGGUUGACCCUGCCCAUAGGCUUACUGCAAGUGAGGUGGUCGACCACUCAUGGAUCUCAGGGCAAGAAGGCCAGGGUAGGACAAAUGUAUUAGAAAUGAUGAAACAGUUCAGGUUAAAUCAAGACAUGGACGAUGACGGAAGUGCAAUAAUUGGUGGAGCUGCUGACGGGGAUGCGGAAAAGCCGAACUCUGCGGGUGUCGAGUCUGCUCGUGGGGGAAGCGCAGGAAAUGACACUAAAAAUAAACCUAAGGUAAGUCUUGGUAAAACAACAAGAUCUCCGAGCAUUCCAACACCAAAUAGCACAUUGCCAGUUCAGCGAACACCAAAGUCAGGAAUGAAAACUACGACUCCGUCAUCCAAAACCCCCACAUCUUCUAAGAGCCCCAGUUCAAACAGACAGAGUUCUGUAACAAAUAGGAGCCCAGUUACUUCAGGAAAGUCUUCGUCGGGAAAUAGGACUUCACAAACCCCUAUAAAACCUAUGUUAAAUAAUAACAAUACACCAAAAAUUAAAAAAACUGAAAAGAAAGUAUAGCAAAAUGUAUAAUGAACUUAGGAAUUGGAAUCGCCAUUUGGACAACACCAUCGUUGUGUGACGGUGCAUGCUUGAAUGGACUAGCUGCACU